GAACCCGGGAGAGGUUCCCGUCCAAAAUGGAGGAAGAAUUUUCGAAACUUUCCAUUGAAGAUCGGGAGGCUUCUGAACAGAAUCGCAAAGCGAGAUACAAUAAACUUGUGCUCGAUGCUAAGGAAAGGGCCAGACAAGGMCAACUUGAAGAAGCUCUUGAUCUCUUUAAGAGCGCAUACAAAAUUCACAAAAGCGACAAACUUGAAAAGCGGAUUGCUAAGCUGAAGGAAUUUAUAAAAGAAUAUACUGAGGAACCUGAGGAGGGAAAUGAAGAGGAAGAAGAGGAAAGUGAUGAUGGAUUAGUUGAUGUUGGCAAUGGUUACCGUAUUGCCAGAGAAAUCAAAGAAGCUYUGUAYCCWUAUCAGCUUCAAGCAUUAUUGUGGUUCUGGAAACUAUUCAAGAAACAUCAGGGAGGGAUUUUGGGAGAUGACAUGGGGUUAGGGAAAACAAUUCAAGUGAUUGCAUUCUUGUCAGGGAUGUUUGACUGUGAGCAUAUCCGUUCAGCUCUUAUUGUUAUGCCUGUUGCUGUGAUAGAAAACUGGGAAAAGGAAUUUAAUAAAUGGACACCUGGUAUUCGUGUUAAAUGUUUCCACGGUAAUUCAAAGAAAGAACGAUUAAAAGACUUGCAUAAAGUACAACUGAAGAAUGGUGUUUGUCUUACAACAUAUGGAAUGGUAGUGUCAAACCACGAAACACUCAGUGAAGAUAUAAAUGGACGGCCAUUUAAAUGGGAUUACAUAAUACUUGAUGAGGGGCAUAAAAUCAAAAACCCUACCAAAACAAGCAAGGGAAUACGUUCAAUUCCUGCACGGAAUCAUUUCAUCCUUACUGGGACACCAAUCCAGAAUAACUUGAAGGAAAUGUGGUCACUGUUUGAUUUUGUAUGCCAAGGGCAGCUACUAGGAUCAGCAAAGACGUUUAAGACGGAAUUUGAGACACCCAUUGUYCGAGCACGUGAAAGAGAUGCAAGUGCAUAUGAAAUGAAAAUUGGUAAUGAAAUGGCAAAGAGCCUGAGAAAGCUUAUUGAACCACACUUUUUAAGAAGAACAAAAGCUGAAGUCUUAAAGAAAAAGGACUGUGAAACAGAUACAUCGGAACAAGACAACACAACAUCAGAGACGCCUCUAAAAGCCAGGGUUCCUAAAAUGUUGACUCGCAAAAAYGACUUCAUUGUAUGGCUACACUUGUCUAAAUCACAACUUAAGAUUUAUACUGAUUUUGURAAACUGGAUGAGAUCAAGGAGUUGUUGAUGAGUAACCGGUCACCACUGGCUGAACUUAAUGUUCUGAAGAAAAUAUGUGAUCAUCCCAGGCUUUUGUCUUCAAUGGCAUGCUCUAAGCUAGGUCUGGAUGAAAAUGCAAGGAUAAUUGAUAUUGAUGAUGCAGACAAAGAAAAUAAAAAUGACUCAAAUCAAGGAGUAGCAGGAGUSUCUGAUGCAGUUCUAAUCCAGGAAUCAGGAAAAAUGGUUUUUCUAGUUGCUUUAUUGGACAAUCUGAAAGCUGAAGGUCAUCGAUGUUUGGUCUUCAGUCAGUCAAGGAAAAUGCUUGACAUGAUUCAACGAGUCAUAACGCACAGGGGUCACAAGGUGCUGAGGAUAGAUGGUACUAUCAAGAGUACAGCAGAAAGGGAGCAUCUGAUAACAACUUUUCAGAACAAUGCUUCCUAUAACUGCUUUUUAUUGACAACACAGGUUGGUGGAGUGGGGCUAACUCUAACGGGGGCCGAUCGUGUCGUAAUAUUUGAUCCCAGCUGGAAUCCUGCGACUGAUGCUCAAGCUGUGGAUCGAGCAUAUCGUAUUGGACAAACAAGAAGUGUAGUCAUAUAUCGAUUGAUCACAUGUGGAUCUAUUGAAGAAAAAAUAUACAGAAAACAAGUCUUUAAAUGUGCCUUGAGUCAACAGACUACAGGGUCAUCGAAGAAUCCAUUUAGGUAUUUUACAAGUCAGGACUUGAGAGAGUUAUUUACUCUUGAUGAUCCAGCAAAAUCAAAGACACAACUACAGCUGAACAAGAUGCAYGCAAAACAUCGUAAAUCUGAUGAWCUAUUAGACAAGCACAUCUCAUUCUUACACAAACUUGGUAUAUUUGGUAUCUCUGACCACGAUUUGAUAUACAGCCAGGAAGCUACUGAGACUCUUGAAGAGUUAGAGCAGUCAUCUGCUAACCACGAAGCUAUUCAAGCAAGGGUUUUACGAGCACAACACAUGGUUACUGCUGAAUCCAGUGGAGGAGGACAACCUAUGCAAAGUAUUUUACCUGCACCAUAUCAGAACCCAAAGUCAUUGUUAAAGCCUAUUGACAUAAACAACAUCACCGAUGAAGCCACRAAGUCAAAAAUACAAACACAUUUGCACAACUUUGAAGUAUUCAAGCCUAAGAAAGAAGAUACAAAGAGAUUUAAACCAAAYAUUAAAAAGUCCAUACCUUCUGCAGCAACAGAAGUAAUUGACUUGUCAACACCRCCUGCAUCACCCCCUAAGAAUGACAACAAUCGUGUCAAGAAGCAAGAAGACAUCACUGUUGUACCUGACGACAUUGAARCAAGCAUGGCAAACCUGUCUCUUGCAGGAAAUGAAAGAUUUUUGUCUGACUCCAGCCAGCAAAAUUUGGAUUCUGACAGACAUGAUGAAUCUGAGAAUGGUUCCUCCAGAMGUCSAGACUCAMCAAAUGAACAGAACAGCUCAGAGAAACUGUUUGACAAUGACAACAGUAGAGAAACAUCACUWAACAUAAUARAUGUUGAAASAGCRGAAACCCAAGACUCUGAGGUAUCAAUAAUCAAUGAAGAAAACUCAACCUCACCUCCUGAAACUAUUGAUUUGGAUACUAGUGCUGKUGUUUCUGUCAGCCAAGACAUYGAAGAAACAAAUUUAAAUGGUACUGAAGACAUGGGAAAACAAGAUAUGAACAACUACAAUAGUCCUGCAGACAUGGAGUCAUCAGUUAGAUUAAGUAGCACAAUCAAUCCAGAAAUAGAGCAUUCUUCAACAAGAGGAGAUGAAAUACCCAAAUAUUCUCCUGACACUGAAGAUGUUUCUCAAGAUGUUUUUGUCCAGGAAGACAAUUCCUUACAGAACUCAACKUCAGGAUUUCCAAACUUCCAGGUGAACAUGUUCCCUGCUGAAAAUGGUGAGGAAGAUAAAACUGAAUCCAGUGAAAGGCCAAAGCCACAAGAAGGAUGUCCAGAUAAAAUUCCCAUUAAACCAAAUGAUAUCAUAAACAACAUCUUGGUUGCAUCACCUGUUGUACGAUUAAGUGAUAAACCACAAACUCCCAUAAGACGAAAGAGCAGUUCAAAGAACAGGAGAAAAAGUGUUAGCCAAAGGUUGUUUGAAAAGAGUGAUUCUGAGGACAGUGAUGAUGAAGUUGUAAAAAGAUCUAAAACUCCACGACGAKUUAGGAAGAUUGAAAGUGAYGAGGAAAGUGAUGAUGAARAACGUCUUUCAAGUGAAGCUCAAAAAGUGAAAAACCUGGAAUCUAAUGAGAUUUCUGACUUGUCAUUACCAAUGGAGCAACAGAAUCAGACAGAUGAUGGUAAUGAUGAAGAUGACAAUGCAGGAGAACAGAAAACAAAUAUUUCUGAUGAUGAAGAUGAAAUAUCUAUCUCAACCAAUGAGGUGAUGAGAGACAGAGAAAUGAUUUCCAGAAGAGAAGAUAAAGAAACAAUACUUGAUUCUGAAGCAGAAGAUGAUACAUCUACUGGAACAUCCUCACAUAGUGAAGCCACCAAUGGAGCAAGUGAAGAUGAAGAAACAGGAAGCCCAUCUGGAGAAUUUGACAAGAUACAUGAAGUUGAAGAUGAUGAGGAGUCUACUGGAUCAUCAUCGCAUAGCAAAGUAACUGAUGAAGAAUCUGAUGGAGAAGAUAGAAUACACAUUAGAAAGAGUAGAGUUAGAGGACUGGAUUCGACUGAUGAGUCAUCUGACAGGGAUAGUUUUGAAAGUGAAAGUCAAGGUCAUUCACCUCAAAAGACCUUUUCAUGCCCCAAUGGACUUCAUAAGUCAAGUGCUGUAAAAAUUCAACGMUGUGAAUGUGUUCUYAGUGAAAAGGAAAAAGACACUUAUCGUGAUUUGGUKGACUCAGCAAGGUAUCAAGAUGACAAGUAUUUAGCACUGGACAACUAUCUUGAUGCUCUGAAAAUMUGCUCAUCAGAUCUUCGAGUUCACAAAGAAGCACUGAUGCUGGURAGAGAACUUGGACUUGGAUGGGAWURCCAUAACUAGAAUACAGUAAAAACCUGCAACUAAGAGCCUACAAUUUUGGAAAGUAGCUCCUAAACWUAACUCAAAUAGUACUUUUACACCUAYUUUGGGCUUGACAGGUUCUUAAAAUAGUUCAUUCUGGWGAAAAUAAAAUAGAACUCAGUUCCAAACAAGCCUCAGUUGCUAUUUUCAUACAUUCACAUUAGAGAUAAUGUUUUCCAUAAAGCACAAAAAGCUGUAAAUUCUCAUCAAACUCRACUUACAGUAAGUAGAAUUUACUGAAUGUGUGAUUCAAGGCAUUUUAAGUCACUCAAUUCUUUUAAGAAUAUUAAAAUUU